UAGAAUUAAAAUGUUGUAAGUGAAGCAGCAAGGCAGGUACAUGUUCGUAGGGAUACUUUGGAAGAUUAUAUUUUCAUUUGCGUCUUGGCAAGAAAUUGGGCUUUAACUUCUCUAAGCAUUUGAACUCCAGAUUUGGCGUAUUAAGAGCAUUCAUCAAGGAGAUGACAAUAAUUGAGAGACUCCUUGAAGAAGAGAAGCAGCAAUGGGAUGAAUUAAGAACAAGAUGUGACCUUGCUAAAAUCAACUUAUAUAAGGAAGUAUGGGAGGUUGAUACCUGAUAUCAUAAUCCUCAUCCUACUUAAAAGUCUAUUUGAAUAUAUCAUAAUCUUGUUGUAAAAAAACUAAACAAUGCAAAAAUGCUUAGAUUCAGAAAGAAGACUCCCAACUUCUCAAAUAAUGUUAUAAACACUCGAUAUCCCCUCCACCUCACCCCAAACACACCUAUGAAACCUCAAAACCUCACCUCGCUUAUGACGAAGCAGAGCACCAAGCCCUCUGCUCCCAAAAGCAACAAGUCAUCCAGCAAGAAUUAGAACUAACCUCCACAACGGGGACGAGGACUGUCCACGUAUUGAGUUUAUUGAGGGAGAAGAGGAAGGAGAGGAGAACAGAGGGAAGAGAAAGCGGCUUUUAGUUCGUGUAAGGUAGUGUAAGGAGGUGUAAGGGGGAAUUCUAU